GCUAAUAUGAGUGCUAAGAUAAGUCGGAUCGAAGAUACCGGAAUCGAGCUUUGACAGGGUGUAAUGACGUAUGCUAAGGCGAUUGAAAACGAGAACUCAUCGUGGUUCCAAUAUCGCAUUUAAAUAGCUGCUUGCCAUACGUGCCUUGACGAUGCUUUUCUUUUUCUUAUUUAUGCCAGCCGUGCGACCCUGGGCUAAACACUGCGGAUUACGCAUCGGAAGUUAACUGUCUGUGACGCGCGGUCGAUGAAAAGAUGCGAAUCCGCCUCUUCCACUGCAUCCUGGGGCUCCUCGCCCAAAUGCCAACCACCUACGCGAAGCUUCAGGCGAACUACACGUCACCAUCGGGAGUGCAGAUUUUCAAUCCAUCCAGUUUCUUUAACACCACUGGUCCAUGGAGCUUGAUGUCUGUCGCAGGUGAUACACUAUAUAUUUCUGGAAUGCGCGGCAUUUAUCCAGCAAACAGUACGCUUGCUCCAGUGGGACUUGCUCGUAUCAGGCAAGCCUACCAAAACAUGGCCGCCCUCGCCGAGAUGGCUGGGUCUGAUCUCAACUCCUGUGUCCGGCUCGUCGUCUACGUGACCGAUAUGUUUCGAUACCGACCGAUGUGUAACCAGGUGCAGGUGGAGCUCUGGGGAGAUGACCCGAGAAAAUACCCUCCCCGGACAAUCGUGGAGGUGGGCAGGCUGAACGACGACGAUAUUGUGGAGGUCGAGGGCACCUUUUGGAUGGGGAAACAGGGCCGCUGCCGUUAAUUGCUAAACUGCCGUCUACCUCGUGUCAUAUCUGACUGU